AUGUACGGUGAGGAUGUAGGACGAUCUGCUGCGGAUUAUUACGGCGACAUGCAUCAGGCAGCAGAGUCAUCCGACUACAUCGAGAGGGAUCUGGCCGACUAUGCAGUCCCAUCCUUUCCUCCCCGCGCAGGCGGCGGGCGGUAUAGCCUACCAGCCACGCACCAUCCUCCUGCCCCACGCUCCACCUACAGCACCCCAACCCGUUCUAAUCGAGGAAGAAGUGGCAAACAGGCUCGAGCCACCUCGUUGGAGGUUGGCUCUGUGUACUCUGCCGGCGCUGCUGCACCAGGCUACCGCUAUCCGCAGUACUCUAGGGAUCCGCUCGCCAGUCCCAUUUCUGCUCCAGCCAUGACAGAGUAUGGCGUGUACGGCCCGCAUCCUCAUCAUCACCACCAGCACGCAGCGCACCUCCCAUACCCCUCCAGGUACCACCCUCAGGAGGCCUACCUCGCUUCGCCAGACGAGGCGAUGGGCAUGCAGCCCAACGAUCACUACUGGUACGCUGAACCGCCUCAGUUCGCCGCUCCGCAUCCAGACUUUCCAGGCUUCAGGCCAGAGUCUGUGGCGAGCUCGAGAACUCUGACCUCAGCCGCUCAUCAAUCCGUCCACUCGCCGCUCGUAGCUUCAGCAUCCGUCACAGGCUCGGGAGGGGCUGUAUUCUCCAAUCAAGACUUGCAAGCUUCUUCCUCUUCGCCUGGUUUCUUCGAUGUGGAAGCUAGACAUCACGUGCCCGGUCGACGGAGCAGAGAUCAAGAACCCAUGCAUGCCGUAGGCGCGCUGAACGGGGCUCCGAAUACCGGUCCGUACGGCGACGCCUUGCCUAACUUUCCAGCGUGGAGCAGGACGUGGUAUGGUGGGCAUCUGUCUGCUGAUGGUCACGCCUACACCAUGGUGCCCCCCGCCAUGGGCCCCGGCUCGGGCAAUGGCUCAGGAUGGGAAUCCGAGACGCUGUCCAGGUCCGCGGGCAACGUCAAUGGGCAGUAUGGCCGCGUGUAUGGCAAGGCUGGAGACCAUGGCAUUUCUGAUUACGUCAAAGAGGAAAGGAUGAGGAUGCUGGAAAAGGAAUUUGGAGCGCCCAGAGUCAAACAUGCCAAGGGUCAAGAUGACGACGACGCCAGCGACAAAGACGAUGAUGAACCAGAGGAAGAAGAGCAGGAAGAAUUGGUGUUGGGAAGCGUGGACAGCCGGGGCAGGCUUGUCACAGAAAGACCAAAGUGGAUGCUGGCAGUCAGGUGGCUCCAAAUUCUGUGCGCCUUGACUGCUCUGGCGUGCGGCGUCGGGGGUGCGCUGCUCAUCAAGCCGGUCUCAUCCGCUUCCACCGACGUCUCGAACGACGACACUAUUCCGGCUCCCAAAGGCACGAUGCCUGCAUACAUCAUGUACGCUGCGAGCGGCGUCACAGUGUUGAUCUUGUUCUACCUCUUCUUGUUCAGACCUUGCUGCUGCGAUCCGAUGAGGAAGCAUCUCAAGGAGUCGGAAAGCGGAGCGAUGGGCAUGGGGGGAUUGGGCGGUAUGAUCAUCCCUGUUCUUUCUGGCGGCGGAGGACCUGGACCUGGAGGCAAGAUGCCAAAAGGCAUGCCCGGAGGACCUAAGCGGGGUCUCUUCGGCAAAAGGAAGGAGAUGAUGGGAGGCGGAGGUGCGCCGACUGUUAAUUUGAUCGUCGACCCUGCUCUGCUGGGAGGUGGAAGCGGCAAAAAGGGACGGAGGGGCCAGUCGGAAGAUUCGAGCUCGGACGAGGGAGAGAGGCUACCUGGCGAAGGGCGCAAGCGCCGACGAAAGCGACGAAAAGGACAUGCUGGAGUGAUGGAGACGAUGAAGCUUCAAGCUCGGUGGCGUAUAGCUCGAUCUUCCUUCAAGGUCUUUUUGGUGUGGGACAUUUUGCUCUGCAUCGUCUGGAUCGCAGUGCUGAUCGUCGUCAUCGCUUUGGGCAAAAAAUGUCCUCCUGGGACAGCCAAGGGUUGGUGCGACGCUUUCAAUGGAAACAUUGCCGCUGGUGCAAUCUUUGCUGCCGUCACCAUCCUAGCCAUCUACCUCGAUUGGAGGAUUUUGGCAGUUAGCAAGCAUCCCCCUAAACAUACCUUUUGA